UUUAAAAUAAUUAUUUUUAAUUUUCUUUCUUGUGAAGCGUCUUGUGAUUUGUAUCUCGAGAGGCGCUAAACUAAAUAUUGUUUCUUUCUUCUUUGACAAAGCUUUCAGGUCUGGCGAUGCCAGGUCUGCCAGGUCAGAGCUGAAGUGGGGAAUCAGAGAGGCCAACAGCUUCUUUGGCUGCCAUGAGGUGAUGACAGCUGGAACCACGACUCCAGCUCCAGCACCAACAUGCAACAGCCAGGUGCUCAUCCUGCAGACCGCUGAGGUACAGCGUACACCCAGAGGUGUUAAUGCAAGGAAAGCAGCUGGUCCAGGUGGCAUUCUGGGAAGGGUGCUACGCGACUGUACAGCGGAGCUGGCUGAGGUCUUCACAGACAUCUUCAACAUGUCUCUUUCCUAGUGCUCUGUCCCCAGCUGUCUAAAAACCUCCACAAUAGUACCAAUACCCAAAAGUCUGCAAUAAUGAGCCUCAAUGACUACAGGCCUGUAGCUUUAACACCUCCAGUGCUGGAACACACCAAGGUGAAGGCAUCAGGAAGAUCAACCGGCCACAAAAACCGCUGGUGUAGUUUUAUCACUGCUCCACAAAAGUAUCCUGACCAACAGCAUCCUGGUGUAGUACAGCUGACAGGGAGGCCCUGCAGAGAGCAAUUACAACUGCAGAGAAAAUAACAAACACACACCUGGCUGCCCUGGAUCACAUCUUCACCACUCGCUGCCUCCAGAAAACCACAAACACCCUAAAGGACUCAACACACCCCGCUAACCAUCUCUUCAAACUUGUUCCAUCUGGUAAACAACACAGGGCAAUAAAAACAUGCACCACCAGCUUUAACGCAAGAGCAUCACUGAACUGAACGUUGCUGCUAGGAGGUCACACACAGGCUGUGAUUCUGCAGGUGCACUACAGCACCUGUAAAUUAGGCUAGUUUUAUCCAACUCUAAGCUUGUUAUAUUGUCAUCACGUAAAAGUCUGAAGUCAUCACUGAUUUUAGGAAUAUGCAUUUCAAUACUGUUCAGGAAGUUAUUACAAUUUUCUUCAGAGAAUUUUGAGGAGUACAAAUUGUCAUAAAAUUUAAGAAUUUCCUUUGAAAUUAUCUCGUCAUCCGUAAUUUCUAUAUUAUUUAUCAAUAUUGAUUUUAUACUGUUCUGUUUUUGUCUCCUUUUUUCCAGAUUACAGAAGUAUGCAUCAUUCUUUUCACCCUCCUCAAUCCACUUUGUUUUUGCGCUCAGUGACUUUCAGUUGCACUUAGUGAAUUUGUUGUUGCGCUUUUCAGUUUGUUGUGCGUUUUGUGAUUUGUUUUUGCAUGUUUCAAUUUGUUGUUGCAUUAAGUGAUUUGUUUUUGUGGUUUGCACUUCUGGGCCACCGUACUAAAGUUACUGUGAUUAUGAGUUGGUUUCUACUGGGAUGUGAAAGGCAUUUCAAGCAAUAGAAAAUGCUUCAGAAAAGCAUCUGACAUUACACCUUUAAGCUUUUGUUUAUUAUUUUACCCGAAGUAGUUUUGAAACCAAUAUUUUUCUACCUUUACUCGAGUAGAAAGCUUGAAUUGAUACUUUAACUUCAACAUAAGUCUUUCAAAACCUUGUGUGUGUGUAUUUUUGAUCAAAUCACUCUAUUUACGUGUGUGUUGGGGUUAUUGUCGGGUUUUGUCGCCCUCUGGUGACCACCUAUAUACUACAAAGAUUUCUUCAGGGUUCUUGGAAACAGGUUUCACUUUCUCUUCUUGCUCGUCGUUGCGUCGGUGAUUUCCUCGAAGUGUAGGAGUCUGAAACAGGAAUGACGGACUGUAUCCAUCCUUUCUGAGAGAGUGGAGCUCUUGACAGCUGUAGGUGUGUAAGGACCAUGGAGCAACGUGAGGACAGGGUGGAGAGGGUCUGUCCUUCUAAAACCAGUCUGAGUGAGGAACCUGAGAGGAAUCAGCAAGAGCCUAAAUCUGGACCAGGACCCGAACCCAGCUGUGUGUCCUUCAAGAGCGACCAAUCUAAGGAUCUUGAGAUUCUCUUUAAGGCAGCAGAGAGACUGGAUCAGCAGAUGUCAGAGGUCCACAGUUAUCCGUCUGCACCACAGCACCAAACCCACGUGGAAUCUUUAUUUGUGAUGCUGGAGGACAACAUUGUUACUUUUGUAAAGAAUGAACUGAAGAUGAUCCAGAAGGUUCUUAGUCCAGAUGACCCAGUUUCCUCAGAGAGUGAGACGGUUCAUGAGAAGAUGAUGGAGUGUGAGGAUGAAGACCAGCUGAGCGCUAGAGAAGCAUUUCUGAAGGUCAUGCAGCACUUUCUCAGGAGGAUGAAGCAGGACAAGAUGGCUGAACAUCUUCAGAGCAGGUGUCGUUUUUCCUGGCGGUAUACACUCAAGUCUACACUGAAGGAGAAAUACCAGUGUGUACCUGAAGGUGUUUCUAAAGCAAGAAGUCCUCUUAAUGAGAUCUACACCGAGCUCUACAUCAUAGAGGGGAGGACUGGAAUAGUCAGUGGUGAUCAUGAGGUCAGACAGAUUGAGACAGCAUCCAGGAAGCAAUACAGACCAGAAACAACGAUCAGACAUGAAGACAUCUUUAAACUCCCGCCUGGAAGAGAAGAACCAUUCAGAACAGUGAUGACAAUUGGAGUGGCAGGCAUCGGGAAGACAGUGUUAACACAGAAGUUCGCUCUGGACUGGGCCGAGGGCAAAGCCAACCAGAACGUCCACUUGUUGUUUCCGUUCACCUUCAGAGAGCUGAAUAUGCUGAAGGUGAAGAGGUUCAGCUUGGUGGAGCUUGUCCGUCACUUCUUCUCUAAAAGCAAAAUGGCAGGAAUCAGCAGCUUUGAAGAACUCCAGGUUGUGUUCAUCUUUGAUGGUCUGGACGAGUGCCGACUUCCUCUGGACUUCCACAACAAGGAGGUCCUGACUGAUGUUACAGAGUCCACCACAGUGGAUGUUCUGCUGACAAACCUCAUCAGGGGGAACCUGCUCCCCUCUGCUCGCCUCUGGAUAACCACAAGACCUGCAGCAGCCAAUCAGAUCCCUUCUGAGUAUGUUGGCAUGGUGACAGAGGUCAGAGGGUUCACUGACCCACAGAAGGAGGAGUACUUUAGGAAAAGAUUCAGUGAUGAGGAGCAGGCCAGCAAGAUCACCUCCCAUAUCAAGGGAGCCCAAAGCCUCCACGUCAUGUGUCGUAUCCCAGUCUUCUGCUGGAUCGCCGCUACCGUCCUAGAGGACAUACUGAAAACCAGAGAGGGAGAAGAGCUGCCCAAGACUCUCACUGAGAUGUAUAUUCACUACCUGGUGGUUCAGACCAAAGUCAAGAAGAUCAAGUACGAUGGAGGAGCUGAGGCAGAUCCACACUGGAGUCCAGAGAACAGGAAGAUUAUCGAGUCUCUGGGGAAACUGGCCUUUGAUCAGCUGUUGAAAGGAAACCUGAUUUUCUAUGAAUCAGACCUGUCGGAGUGUGGCGUCGAUAUCAGGAAAGUGCUGGUUAACUCAGGAGUGUUCACGCAGAUCUUUAAAGAGGAGCGAGGACUGUACCAGGACAUGGUGUUCUGCUUCGUCCAUCUGAGUGUUCAGGAGUUUCUGGCGGCUCUUCAUGUCCACAUGACUUUCAUCAAUUCUGGCAUCAAUCUCUUGGAAGCUGAAAGUUUUUGGCUGUUAAAAUAUUUCAGCAUAUUCUGCAGAGUAAAGCCUUUUCAUCAGAGUGCUGUAGACAAGGCCUUAGAGAGUCCAAAUGGACACCUGGACUUGUUCCUCCGGUUCCUCCUGGGUCUCUCACUGCAGACCAGUCAGACUGUUCUACGAGGCCUGCUGACACAAUCAGGAAGUGGCUCACAGACCAAUCAGGAAACAGUCCGGUACAUCAAGGAGAAGAUCAGUGAGAAUACGUGUCCAGAGAAAAGCAUCAACCUGUUCCACUGUCUGAAUGAACUGAAGGAUGCUUCUCUAGUGGAGGAGAUACAACGAUCUCUGAGUUCAGGAAGCCUCUCUACAGAUGAACUGUCUCCUGCUCAGUGGUCAGCUCUGGUCUUCAUCUUACUGUCAUCAGGAAAAGAUCUGGAUGUGUUUGACCUGAAGAAGUACUCUGCUUCAGAGGAGGUUCUUCUGAGGCUUCUGCCGGUGGUCAAAGCCUCCAACAGAGCUCUGCUGAGUGGCUGUAACCUGUCUGAGCGAGGCUGUGAAGCUCUGUCCUCAGUUCUCUUCUCCCAGUCCUCUAAUCUGAGAGAACUGGACCUGAGCAACAACGACCUGGGAGAUUCGGGCGUAAAGCUCCUUUCAGUUGGACUGGAAAGUCACCACUGUAAACUGGAAAGUCUAAGCUUGUCUGGAUGUCUGAUCACAGAAGGUGGCUGUGCAUCUCUGACCUCAGCUCUGAGCUCCAGCCUGUCCCGUUUGAGAAAGCUGGACCUGAGCUACAACCAUCCAGGAGACGCUGGCCUGAUGUUGGUGACAGCUGGCCUGGAGAGACUGGAAGCUCUCCGGGUGGAGCCUGCUGGUGUCCAGUGGCUGACACCUGGCCUGAGGAAGUAUUCCUGUCAGCUCACUAUCGACACAAACACCGUGAACAGACACCUGAAACUGUCUAACAACAACAGGAAGGUGACGCACGUGGACCAGCUUCAACCCUAUCCAGAUCAUCCAGACAGGUUUGAAGGCUACUGCCCUCAGCUGAUGUGUAGAGACACUGUGACUGGCCGUUGUUUCUGGGAGGUGGAGUGGGAGGGCGAGGUUGACGUAUCCGUCAGCUACAGGCGCAUCCAGAGGACAGGAGAACGGGCCAUCUGCGAGUUUGGAAGGAACAUGGACUCUUGGUGUCUGAGCUGCUCUGGUCGUGGUCAUUACACUGCCUGGUACAAUGAAAAGGGGGUCUCCAUCCGCUCCUCCACCUCCAUCUCUAACAGGGUAGCGGUGUAUGUGGACUGUCUUGCUGGAACUCUAAGCUUCUACAGAGUCAUCUCAGACUCACUGAUCCACCUCUACACCUUCAGCACCACGUUCUCUGAACCUCUAUAUGCUGGAUUCUCCCUUGGGUUCUGGAACAGAACCGGUUCUACGGUGUGUUUAGUGUAAAGAGCUUCUAGAUACAGGAACUCAUGUUUACAUCAGUGUUACUUUUGUUGAUGAAAUAUUUUAGUUGGGGUUUUUUUUC